ACCAUAAUUAUUUUCUCCUUGUUAUGUUGUAUGUCUCUGAGAAAUGGAAAUAUUUUAGAAUCGUAAGUUUUAUUUGCGAGUAUAAUUGAGUAUGAUUUCAACGCUAUAAGAGAGAAAUAUUACGAAUAAAAUAUUUACUUAUUUAAAGAAGUCAUUAUUUCUUCCGAAUUUCAAACUAAAAACUAUAUUUUACCACAAUCAUCGAUACUCGAUCGACAGUGUUACCAACGUUACUUUGUUUUCGAUAUUGUUGCCUAAAUGUCAACAACUCUAACCUCGAUAGAGUACGUUUUCUAUCAUACCAAAUGAACACAAUCGACGAAGAAAAUUAUAAGAGAACGGUUGACAAUCUUAAAUACCAAAAAAAUGUGCGAUUGUCCUGCGGAUAAAGAGGAUGGUAGCAGAAAGGUUCCGGAGACAGUGACGCUUUUCAAAAAAUGUGCAAAAUCGUACCGUCCAACGAAAGACAUAACCGAACCACCGAGCUGUGACACAAUUUCGGAUAAAGAUAUCUGGAGUACUGUGGAUUCUUCGCAAUCGGAUCAUAAAUGUACUAUCUACGGAUCCCAGUCGAGCUCAAAUAGUUUUAGCACUGAUUCCAAAGUGUACAAGUUCGUCGAUUUUGGGGAAUGCGAGUGUCUCGGAGAAGCCGAAGAAGAACCAUGGCAUCCACCGAUAUUCAGUUACGAGCCCUGCGUCGAGGAAGAGGAAGUCGAAGAAAGGCCAGACAUCGAGUGCACGUUGGCAAUUAUAAAACCAGAAGCAAUAAUCUAUAGAAAACAAAUCGAGCAACGAAUAUUCGAGGAAGGCUUCGAGAUUUAUCAAACACGAUGGCUGCAGCUCACGCCAGAACAGGUGUCCGAGUUUUACUCGGAUAAAUAUGGACAGCUAAAUUUUGCAUAUCUUGUUGCCUAUAUGGCAUCAGAACCUAUAAUCGUUCACGUUUUGGCGAAAAAAUGCGCCGUUCAUGAGUGGCGAUUGCUCAUGGGUCCGACGAAAGUCACGGAAGCUCGUUUGUAUUAUCCUGAUAGUAUAAGAGCGAGAUAUGGUAGAAGAGGCGAGGAUUUUAAAAAUGCUGUUCACGGAAGUAACACUCGACAAGAGGCUGAGAAAGAAAUUCAUUUCUUCUUUCCUGAUUGUAUAGAUUCUGUAGUUACGUGUCCUUUUCUCUUUUUUUUUUUUUUUUUUAAUCAUAGAUCAUUUCGUUUGUUUGUUUCAGUCAUAGUCGAGCCUCUGCUGAAGAAUCAAAUAGCAGUGGAUUACUUGUGGGAAGUACUUAACCCUGUACUCGUAGAAGCACUAUCAACAGUAAGAAAAACUUCUAGAAUACCUUUUGUCAAACCUCAACGAUUAGACCGGAAAUUGAUAAUUUGUUCAAAUUCCUUUACACAGUGUUGCAAAUUAAAACCUGCAGAUCCUGUCCUGUGGCUUGCCAAUUGGUUGAUUAUGAACAAUCCGAAUAAACCGAAAUUGCCGCAAGAUCUUGCCAUGAUUCCAUCGUGAAUAUCGAGAUUUAUAUUUUAUACUUCCGAAGACUUUGCUGUUUCUCGUAAAUUCUAUUUUCCUGAUAUUAAUAAACUACGUUUUAUCUCA